UCGAAAACUUCAGAAGACGUCUCUAGAAAUAUUGUACUGAAGUACACUUCGGUCAUAUAUCAAGUUUUUGAAAGUCAGUGUAGUUCUUCCACAUCUUAUGGAGAAAGCCAUGAAUAGCAGUACAAAAACUAAAGUUGAAUCUAUUUUAUAUCAAUGCAAGGAACACGGUGAUGUACUUAAUCGUGAAUUGGGAAAUGAAACAGCAUUUUUAGACGGAUCUUCAAGCCCUGGAAAAUAUUUAGACAUUGCUAUUAAUUACAUAAAUUAUUUCCGUCCAAUAAGUUCUUUACGAUUUGCCAAUUACGGAUUAUUAGUUGCCAAGAAACGGAAUGAUACAGAGCACGCAGCUUUUUGUCAUAUCCUUAGAGGAAAAGCGUAUUGCAUGAUAGAAAGGUUUGAGUAUGCAGCAUCUUGUUUUCAGUGGGCGCUAGAAGAUACUUCGUUAUCGCCUGUCUGGAGAACAUGGAUAAAUGAACUACUUGUUAGGCUUAAAUCUAUUUCAAAAGGGGAAAUAAAAAACUCUGAAAAGCUUCAAAAGGAACCUGAACCCGACGAGUACAUUAAAGGCGUUCUUAUGAACAUGGGAUCACCUACGGAUAGCUAUCAAAAUAACUCAAGUAUGAUAGCCGAUGCCAACUCUACCGUACAAAGUAAAGUGAUAUCUCUCGCAGACAAAACGCGCUUCGAUUGGUCUCAGGCAUCGUCCACUAUAAGUCUGGACAUCUAUGCAAAGAACGUUAAACCAGAAAACUUAACUGUUAAUAUAAAAACAACAUCUGUUUCUAUACAUGCAAUCUUAAUGGAUAAUUCAUGUUAUACACUAAAUUUAGAUCCCCUUGCUCAUGCUAUUGAUACAGACGCUUCUUCAUAUCGUCUUUUCUCCACAAAAAUUGAAGUCAUAUUGAAGAAGCAGAUUCCAGACAAAAAGUGGGAGAGUCUCACAGAAACUAACCAUGAUACCGAUUUGAAGAAUCCUCAGAUAAAUAGUGGAACAACUUCAAAAAUCAGUGAUAAGAACUGGGAUCAUCUUUUAAAUGAAGCCGAUAAAGAAGAGGAAGAGCCUACGGGUGAUGCUGCCUUGACGAAGCUUUUUCAAGAAUUAUACCAAAAUGCUGAUGAUGAUACAAGGAGAGCAAUGAUGAAAAGUUAUACUGAGAGUAACGGCACUUCCCUCUCAACAAACUGGAAAGAUGUCAGUGGUCGUAAAUUUGAAACAAGACCACCUAAAGGAAUGGAACCUAAAAAAUACAACGAUUGAGGUAAUGUAGCUUGAUAAUAAAGACAUGUUAUACUCAAAAAAAGUAGGAAUAAACUCGCGGAAACGUUCAAACUCUUGACUAAGACUUACAAGAAAGUUCACUAAACUCAGGAGAACCAAUCACCACAAAAAAGCAAAAUCCAUCAAAUAAUAUAUAUGCAAUAAAUUUCUAAUGGAAUAUAAGCAACUAUAAAUGUUGCUAGAU